UUCCACCUUAAGUAAAACAAAACUACGUAGUUUUUAACACAACAAAAUUCGUCUGCCCUCUACUCCCCUCCCGAUCUCCAUUACCAAUUCGCUCCCAUGCCCAAUCCCACUCCCUGUUCUCCUCGCAGCUGCCUUCUCAGCGCCAUUCCCUGAGCCGCACCGUUGCCUUCCCUGCGCGCAUCUAAAGCCGCCUGCUCAUCAUUCCCGCCGCAUCCCGCGUUCCCUGAGCAGGAUUGCAUCAGCAUCGCCGCGUCGCGCUCCUUGGGCAGGUCAGCAUCUCUGGCGCCGCACGCCUCCCUUCGAUUCAGCCCUGAGCUUCCAUUUAAUCUCCUGCUCUGUCUCAGGUUUAGUCUGUGCAAUGAUAAAGGGUGCACGAAUCCAGCUGAACCAGUGGCAACAGGCUGCAGUUGCGCUUGGCUCAGCAAUAGGUGCAUUGCUAGAUCCACGGAGAGCAGAUCUGAUAGCAGCUCUUGGAGAAACAACCGGGAAGCCUGCUUUUGAAAGGGUUCUUGAGAGGAUGAAGAGGAGCCCAGAAGGCAGGGCAGUUCUCUUGGAGAGACCACGUGUGAUAUCUACAGAAGUGGGCCAUGCAUGGGAUUUGCCAGCAAAUACAUUUGGUGCUGCUUAUGCAAGAUUCAUGGGAUCUAGGAACUUUUCUCCAGAUGAUCGCCCUCCAGUGCGAUUUAUGGACACAGAUGAACUGGCAUAUGUAGCAAUGCGAGCUCGUGAAGUGCACGAUUUCUGGCACACGCUAUUUGACCUCCCCACCAACCUAAUCGGUGAGUCAGCACUAAAGGUGAUAGAGUUUGAACAAAUGUACCUUCCAAUGUGUAUAAUGUCCGUUGUAGGGGGCACGGCAAGAUUUAGUGAGAAGCAAAGGAGAUUGUUCUUUCAGCACUACUUCCCAUGGGCCACCCAAGCUGGAAUGCGGUGCACAGAUCUCAUGUGUGUAUAUUAUGAGAAGCACUUUCACGAGGAUUUAGAUGAUGUCCGCAGAAAAUGGGGUAUAAUUCCUGCUCCUGUAGCUCCUAAACAAUAAAUGGCCUAACCGCAAUCUGUCUGCUGGAUGGAUGCUAUGCAUCAUUUUUAGGAUUACCAUACUGUCAUUCUGUUUGAAUUUAUGUACAUAUAGAGAUUUGUUAGUAAAUUGCUUCUUCAUUACUUGUUAUUUGUGUUCCCAGCAAGCCUGUCAAAGAAAUGCGUAAUUAUUUUUGUGUGCAUGGUUGCUC